AUGCCGCUGAUGCUGAUGCUGGGCCUGUGGCUGCCCAGCGUCCGCGCGGCCGCCCCGCCGCCGUCCGAGCCGCGCGCCGCGCUGCCGGGCGUGGAGCAGCUGCUCGAGGAGUUCGGGCGGCAGCUGCGGCAGGACGAGCCGGAGCCGGAGCCGGAGUCGCAGCCGGAACCGGAGCCGCAGGGAGGCUGCCCCGGCCCGCGCGGCGAAAGCCGCGGCGGCUACAGCGUCCUGCACGACACCAUCAUCCGCACCCGGGACUCCCUGGCGGCGGGCGCCAGCUUCCUGCGCGCGCCGGCGGCCGUGCGCGACGGGGCCGAGUGCGUGGCCGCCUGCUGCGCCGAGCCGCGCUGCUCCGUGGCCGUGGUGGAGCGGCCCGCGCGGCCCCUGCCCGCCGCCGGCGCGCUCGGCUGCUACCUGUUCAACUGCACCGCGCGCGGCCGCAGCGUCUGCAGGUUCGCCGCGCACCGCGGCUACAGCAGCUACAGCCUCCGCCGGGCCCCGCGCGGCCGACCCGCGCCCCCGCCGGGAAGGGAUGAGCCUCCACUGAGCAAGGCUGGGAAAGACGUGGUUCUGCACCUGCCCACAGAUGGGGUGAUUCUGGACGGCCGCGAGAGCUCAGACGAUCACGGCAUCAUCCGCUAUACGUGGACGCUGUUGCAGGGUGACAUGUCCGCCAACAUGAAGGUACCUCAGUCUGGAAUCCUGAAGCUGUCCCACUUGCAGGAAGGAAAGUACGACUUUCAGCUGACAGUGACGGACACGGCCGGCCAGAGCAGCUCCGACAACGUGUCUGUGACAGUGCUGCCUGCCGCUUUGGCCCCCAGAGGAUGCCUGACGGUUUGCUCUCGCUACCACUUCUUCUGUGACGACGGCUGUUGCAUCGACAUCACGCUGGCGUGCGAUGGCGAGGAGCAGUGUCCCGACGGGUCUGACGAGGCUUUCUGCCAAAACGUGGCCCUUGACCGGAAGAUGGUGACCCACACCGCCACGGCCCAGCCUAGAACCACGGGGCCCAGUGAAGAUGCAAAGCAGACCUCCUUGUUGGAAACAUCCCAGAGAGGCACAGUCCCGAACCAGCACCCUACGUCAUCAGACAUGGAGAGGAAGAAUCAUUCCAUCUUCUGGGAACCAGGACCUCAAAUUCGUCCUGUCACAUCAGAGAGUGCUUCCUCGGGGAAGGACAUAUCAGAGGAAAAUUAUAUUUUCGAAUCUAAGAGUGAUCGUGGAGGAAGGGAACACCCCGCUCCAGAAGCAGGCGCUGUGCUUCCGCUGGCCUUGGGUUUGGCGAUCACUGCUUUGCUGCUUCUCCUGGUUGCUUGCCGCCUCCGACUGGUCAAACAGAAACUUAAAAAAGCUCGGCCCAUUACAUCUGAGGAAUCUGACUACCUCAUCAAUGGGAUGUAUCUCUGAGUUUCAUUUACAUAGCUGGGGGGACCAGGGCAGUUGUCGCUUAUAAUUUAUACAGACAUCGGGAUCUAGACCAUUAGACCUAGUGAUUUUUAGUGAUUUUUAACUGGGCUAAGGGAAACCAUUUAAAACCCCCCAAGGUUCUGCAAACCUCGAAUCUUUGUUUUUAAUUUACUGUAGAUUUUUCCUUGGAAAGUAAAUGAAAUAUUUUGAGAUUGUAGAAGUCUGAUUAAAGAGAGUUAUAAUUCUG